CAAUGUAACGUCAAUGGCUGUAAGUGAGGUUAUGAUGUGGGAUGACUUCAUGCCGGGCUCCGAUGUGCUGUUGACAGGCACAGGCAGUGUCGAGAAUACAGCCAAAGUCUGGUUCUUAGACGCAUCUUUUGUCUCGCAGAAUACACAUAGGAAUAGCAAAGUUCGUCUAACAACAACUUUCGACGUGAGUUUCAUGGGCGCUGUGUCCCCACAGACUCCCAACACCACGCCCAACAGUGGCACUCAGAGUCAAGAUACCACACCACGACGACACAAAUCAUUCGUCACUCAUAAAGAAAUAGAGAAGAAGUUAGCAAAGAAAACUAUGAGUUUGGACAGACAUAACCUAAAACCUUUGAAUCUGAAGGGAAUUUGUAAUGGAAAUAAUGAUGGAGGCAUACAACCUUUGCUGGCUGUUGUUGAUGAUAAAAAUAAUAUACAGAUAAUGCGCGGUAGAAAACUCAUUACGGAAAUAUCACCUAAAAGUGAUGAUCAAAUAACAGCAGUUAAAAUAUCUCCGUGCAAUCAAUACAUUAUCUAUGGACUGAGUACAGGAAUUGUCACUAAAUAUGCACUAAGAACUAAAGAAAUUAAAGACAUUUUAGAUGUUUACAGUCCAGUGUUAUAUAUGAGUUUUGUUAACCCAGAUUUAUUGAUAGUUGCCGGUAAGAAUAGAUGUCUGAUGGCAUAUCGGUUUACUACCGAUGGAGAUUGGAAAUCUGAAAUGCUUCAACGGGGUAACUGCUAUUUGGGAUCACAGGAAAUAUUAAAUGAUAUACAAGGUUUUAAGAAGAAAAUCAGCCCCGAGAAAUUAUCAGCAUCCAGUAGCGAUGCCAGUAUAAGUUCUAGAGAUCGUCUAUUUCCCAAUGGCGACACUAGAAGGCGACUGUGCAAGGCCAGCAGUCUCGUGUCGUGCUUCUGGGUACAUGACGUCGGUCAUAUCACAGUGGAAACCAACGCUAUAGUUAAACUAUGGGAUCGCAAUCUGCAGGUCCAGAAUAUAUUGAAUGGCCGACAGACGGAUGUUUAUAUCAAUUGUGCAGCUUUCCAGAAAUAUAUAUUGGCUAUUUGCGAUGAUUAUCAUAGGUUUCAGACUUAUGAACUAAAGACAGAUGAUAAGAUAGAACUGCAGCCCAUACAGGUGUACAAGUUGAAUAAUCGUAUCAUGUGCUGUGACCUCACCGCAGACGGCAGCCUCCUCGCCAUGGGACUUGACUCCGGGAAUGUUAUUGUUUGGCACGUGAGCAAUCAGCGUCAGCUACGGUUCCUAAAGCACCACAAGACGAAGGUGCAGUGGUGCCGGUUCUCCAUCGCCCACGCCCCGCCCACUGACGACGACGCCCCGCCCCUCGUGCUCGUCACCAUGGCAGCGGAGAUCGUCUGGUGGAACAUUACAUAUAUCAUGAAGACCAGGAUUAAUAAAAACUUUUGGAGGAAUCGCUGGAAUGCAGUAACGCCUAUCGCAAGUCCAGUAGACACGGUGAAUCUUACCACAGCGAUGGACAACUUGCAUAUUGAAAGUGCACACAAUAACUUCUUCUUUGGCUCCGGAUUGAUGAAUGCGCAGGAGUGCUGGAAAUGCUUUUGGAAAGGGAAAACUUGCAAAGAAGGUUCAAAGAAGAAAGAAAUUUUGGCUUGCAUAAAAUUAUCCGGUGUGAAUGCGAAGAAACUUUGUUGUGACGAGAAGUUUUCUUGUUUUGUAACAGUUGAUCAUCCCGGACACAUUCAUAUCAUGAAUUUAAUGCACGCAAACACGUAGCAUCUCAUCCAAGGAGGUUUCAUAUUUUUAUGGACCACUUUACAGUGUUGAAGAAAAAGCAACGCCAAAUGCAAACGCCAUUUAAGUCUAACUACGUGUCACUGCCAUUUUUUUUCUAUUUUAAUUAUUUUUAAUUUUAACUAAUAGCUUGAACAUGAUUAUGUCCAGGAAUUGUGUGCACGCGAUUAGCAUGAAAAAUGCAAAAUUCAGUACAUAUAUUAGUUUUAUGCAAUUUAAUUAAUGAAAUUAGACAUUUUUUGA